AUGGACGUCCCUACACAGCACCAGGUCCACCAAUCGAAAGAUGGCCCUCCAGGAAUGUCCACCAUUAACAUUAUUUCCUGGAUUAUUGGCAUCAUGGUUGCGCUUGGUUUUGUCAUUAUAUUCGCCAAGUGUCUCAUGGGUCCCCGACGUCCCCCUCCAACAACAUCGAAACCUCCGAACCAAAGACCUCCGAGCGAAGGACCUCCGAGCGAAGGGCCUCUGUAUCCUCUGUAUCCUCUGUACCCUUUGUACCCCGAGCCUAUAGGCAUUGCGCCUCCGGGCCCAUCGCCUCCCCAAGCAUACGACAGCGAUCUUGAACAAGGGCCCAUCAACGAACGUGCCGAUAGGAACACCAAGAACUCGAAAGUUGGUAACCAAACUCGCGUACCACCACCUCCGUAUUGUCGAAGAUGCUGA